AAUCGUAAAUAUCCGGAAGCAGCCCAUCAGAGCAUUUGCCGAUAGUCGAAUCUGACGACUAUGCCCCUUUAAAUACCAAUGAGUCCUGGUGAUCGGUGUCCGGAUGUAAGCGUCUAUGCUGAUGUGGCUCGGGGCAGUUAGCUUUUUUGCGUUUUAGCUACCCGUUUUGAGAGAAAGCGUAUAAUUCAGAUUUGAGGUUUCCGUCAGAAAAUGUCUCGUGACUUAAGAAGACACUUCUUGUACAACCUACCGGCCCCUGUCCACUGGGAGUUCUGUCGGAUCAUGGAUGGGCUGUCUGACCUGGCUUGGACCCGCUUCGCUUCAGAGGUCCUGGGAGAUCAAGUCAAUGUGCGAUUGGCUGAGAGGAAGGAGAGGCGGACCGACUAUGUCAUGAGACAAUGGGCCAACAGGAACGGUUGCGUUGGUGAGCUGUUGGACCUGCUGGAGCAUCAGCAGCUUCUCCAUCCGAGGGACGUGAUCCUUAGCUGCGCAGUGUCUUUGAAGGCUUCUCCUCUUGCUCCUCCUCCUGUUAUACUUUCUCACUUUGAUCCUCCCACCAAGUCAGUGGCUCCGCACGCAAUGACAACCCACGCGAUCCACAGUACAGUUGAUGAAAGAACACUCCCCCGACCAGCCUCACCUCCCUCAAGUUUGCAGUCUGGUCAACCUCGAACCCUCCAGGGCUCCCCGGUGGUGCCAUAUGAUGUUACUGGGUACGGGGUGAUGUGUUGGUCCUAUGAAGAGGUUCAUGCAGGAACCAAGGGGUUCUCUCCUGCCUUGCAGAUCGGUGAGGGGGGCUUUGGAGUUGUGUACAGAGCAUCCCUAAGGAAUACUGACUGUGCAGUCAAGAGACUCAAAGAGGACUGCAUGACUGACCUAACCGUGCUAAUGGAGGGAUUCAACACCGAAAUGGAAAAACUCUCAAAGUUAAGACACCCAAACAUUGUGGACCUGCUUGGAGUCUGUCAAGGACCAAGUGUUUGUCUCAUCUACAGCUACAUGGAGAACCAAUCCCUGGAAGAUAAACUGCACAGUGUGUCUUUUGAGCUGACCUGGAAUAUGAGGGUCCGCAUUGUUCGUGAAGCAUCAGCAGCGUUGCAGUUCCUUCACUCUCCUCCAGAUGGACACAAGUCUGUCAUUCAUGGAGAUGUCAAGAGUUCAAAUAUCCUUUUGGACCGCCACUUGGUGGCAAAGCUGGCUGACUUUGGCUUGGCUCGUUUUGUGUCUACCAACUCAUCGUGCCAUCUGUCGUCCAAGACAACCACAGUGGGUCGAACGUCCAUGGUGAGAGGAACGCUGGCAUACCUUCCAGAGGAGUAUGUGAGGAAUGGACAGUUGGGUACAGCAGUGGAUGUCUACAGCUUUGGUGUGGUGUUAUUGGAGGUACUGACUGGUCGGCGAGCUCUGGAGAAAAACAGGAAGUCGGGAGAUAUUUACCUGAAGGAUGUAGUCCAGGAGGUCCAGGAAGGCUUGACUGAUUCUUAUGCAGCUGCCUGGCGCGAACAGUUGGAUCAACGGCUUAUCAUAGGGGGUGCCUCGGACAUAGCGGGGACUAUGCAAAUGGUAGCCCUAGCCUGCAGGUGCCUGGACAAGAAAGGGAAGAAGAGGCCUGCCAUGACUGAGGUGUUUAGCAAACUACAGGACAUCAAUUACCUGGUGAGGAAGAAUGACCAGCUUGCUCCUCACUGUGUCCCCCCUGGAUCCUGUGACUUUUCAGACAACAGUGUAGAGGUUGUGACCCAGUGUUUGUCCAAACUGGAACCUCUUGAGGACACCUACCAGCAACCCUCAGGCUGCCUCACCCUGCCUCCUUCCUUGUCUAACAGCCGCUUCCAUUCUUCCAUACCUACUCCCCCACUCUCUGCUCAGUACUCCUCUCUACCGCCUCACCCCUCCUCUCUCCAUGCUCCCUCCUCCUUCCCUCUGCUCACAUACUAUUUCCAUGCUCCUUCCUCCUCGUUUGACAAUCCAUGUGAAAUAGAUGAGAGUCGAGGUUUCUCACAGAAUGACCUUUCUGCUGGGAGCCAGUUCAACUCCAAAAUGUUAUCCUCAUACAACACAGACCAGUACCAUAAUCUACCUGAGACCACAAAGUCCCAUGACAGAGAGCUGUCUGAUUAUCAGUCUAGCUUUCAGGAGAGCUUGAGAGCUGGUGUCUCCCACAGGCCCUUGAGAGGCCCAGAAAUCCUUUCUCCUCAAGGUGGUCUCCAGUCACUCUGUCCAGAGACCUCAGACGAUGUGCGUGCUCCCAAGGAAUUCCGGGGUCCGGAGGAAAGUGACGAACUGGAAUAUCUUGCUGCUACAAAUACCUGACUGGUGGAGAUUCUGGAAAUAAAUCUGGUGCUUUUUGUUUUUGCUCAAGUCAAAUGUUACGGACUAAGACAACCAAAUAUCUGGCUUAGUCAAAUUGCAUCUGGAUUACAUUCUUCUUGUGACUCA